UUCACCAUCCCUCCCGCGCUAGGGUUUCUUUGUCGUCGCAGAGUCAGCCGUCGCCCGUCGGAGAGCUCGAAGGCACAGAAAUGGCGAGGAUCAAGGUCCACGAGCUGCGGCAGAAGUCGAAGGCGGAUCUGCUGAACCAGUUGAAGGACCUCAAGGCCGAGCUCGCUCUCCUCCGCGUCGCCAAGGUCACCGGCGGUGCGCCUAACAAGCUCUCCAAGAUUAAGGUGGUAAGGUUGUCGAUUGCCCAAGUGUUGACCGUCAUCUCACAGAAGCAGAAGGCUGCUUUGAGGGAGGCCUACAAGAAUAAGAAGUUCUUGCCCCUCGAUUUGCGUCCCAAGAAGACCAGAGCGAUCAGAAGAAGGCUUACCAAGCACCAGGCGUCUAUGAAGACGGAAAAAGAGAAGAAGAAAGAAAUGUACUUUCCCCUGAGGAAAUAUGCCAUCAAGGUUUAGUUCUCCCCUACGAUCUUGGGUAUCUUCUCUUUGUAGUCAGCGAAUCCAACCAUUGUCACCUUUUGCCGUUGGCCUCUCAAAAUUCUUCUUGGUGGGGAUUCUUUGCACUAUUGUUUUUAGGCUCGAUCUAUCACUUUUGUCGAGCGUUCUGCUCAGUGUUUAAUUAUCAUUUUGCUAUUAAUGUUGAGUUUAUGUCAACUGCCAGAAAGUUUGAUCUAUCAUUCGACAGAGCCAUUCCUCUCUGAA